UUUACGUAAGGCAGGCGCUCCGGUUUCCUGGCGGAGAAGAUGGCGGCUCCUGGACCGGGGGAGUAUUUCAGCGUCGGGAGCCAUGUCUCUUGCCUCACCUGCUUGGGCCAACGUCUGCAAGGAGAAGUGGUCGCGUUUGACUACCAGUCCAAGAUGUUAACUCUGAAAUGUGCUUCCUCCAGCGGUAAGCCAAACCUCAACGACGUCAUCCUGAUCAACUUAGCCUAUGUUUCUGAUGUGGACAUAAUAAAUGACCGCACCGAGACUCCACCCCCACUAGCAUCACUGAAUGUUAGCAAG